UCCCACCAGCCAAUCCCCAUAACAAACCACGACAAUGGACCUAACACCGAUUCUGCACCGCUGCCCCCCCACCCGCCUCGAGCUCCUCCGCAAACAACCCACCCUCACCCUCGCAAAAGCGCUCUACGAGCUCCAUCCCGCGCGCGCAGCUCCCGCGCCUUCAAACCCGCUCACCCUCGUCCUGAUCUCAGACACGCACAACCACCGCCCCGCGCUCCCAGACGGGGACAUCUUGAUCCACGCAGGCGAUCUCACAAACACAGGCACGUUUGCCGAAAUCCAGACCGCGCUGGACUGGCUCAACGCGCAGAGCUAUAAGCACAUCGUCCUCGUGGCCGGGAACCACGACGUGCUGCUCGACGCGCGCAAAGACGGCACUGCACCUGCGCACGCGCACGCGCACGACGCUGCUGAACAGCGCGCGGCGCUCGCCUGGGGCCGGGUCACGUACCUUUGCCGCAGCGGCGCGACACUUGUCUGCGGCGAGCGCGAGGUCACCGUCUGGGGCAGUCCGCACACGCCACGCCACGGCAACGGCGCGUUCCAGUACACACGCACUCAGGACAUCUGGCGGGACACAGUCCCCGAGGGCCUCGACGUCCUGGUCACGCACGGUCCGCCACAGGGCCAUCUCGACUGCGACGGGUUCGGCUGCGCGUUAUUAGGGCAGGAACUCUGGCGCUUGAGGCAUAGGCCGAAAGUGCAUGUUUUUGGGCACUGUCAUGCUGGCAGGGGCGUGGAAAGGGCGGCGUUUGAUGCGCUGCAGGGGGCUUGGGAGCGUGUUGUUGCUGCUAAGGGGAGCGUGUGGGGGUUGGUACGUUUGCUGGGGGCGUUUUUUGGGGGGUUGGUUUUUGGGCGGAGAGAGCAGGUGCUGUUUGUUAAUGCGGCUUUGGUGCAAGGCCUGACGCUGAGGGAUGAGGUUGUUAGGGAGGCGAUGGUCGUGGAUAUUUAAGGUUCUGUUUUGAGAGCGAAGAAGGAAUGAAAAUCAGAGACGGAAGUCUAGUGCUGGAAGUUUUAACUGUCGCAGGUG